CCAAAAAAAAAAAAAAUCCCCACCCGGUGUUUUGUUUCACCAUUUCCGACGUUCUUCGUCGUCUCUUCCUCCCUCCUCUUCCUCUUCGUCGGCAGCUGUCCCACGUCGGCCGUCUUCGUUGAACUUCGCUGGCUUUCAUUACUCUCCUCUCUUCCGCUGCUCCGUCUAAGUGCCUCCCGUUGAUAUACUCCAAGUUCACCAGCUAGGUACCUCCUUUUCCAUCUGCAAUAGCUAUGAGUUUCCUUUCUUUAAGAAAAAUAUUGAGAAGACCUCAGUUCCUGAAACUGAAGACUGAAUUCUUGAAUCGAAGUAUUGGAAAAAGCCAAAAUUUUGACAAGAUUUAGAAACCCUGUUUUACAUUUAUGAGAUGUGCUUUUUUAAUUUAUGUUUUUUUGGUUGUACAUAAAUAAGGUGGAUUAGCUUGGCCCUAGAUUUCCUCUGAAACUCCCAUGGAUGCCAAGGACAUCCUUGGUUUGCCCAAAACCUCCUUGCCAAUUCAAGAGAAAAAGUCUAGGCCCCAAAAAGAUUCACAGAGAAAACCAGAUGGCAUUUCACGGGAGGUAUAUGCACUCACUGGUGGUUUGGCGCCUCUUAUGCCUGCAAUUGAUUCGUCUCAAUUAAAGAAAAGGCCUCCAUCUGACGAGAAGAUCACUUGGCAGUGGCUUCCUUUCGCCAAUUCUGCUCGUAAAGAUAAUCUUCAACUAUACCAUUGGGUCCGAGUUGUGAAUGGUCUUCCACCCACUGGGGACUAUUCUUUUGCCAAGUAUAACAAGUCUGUAGACAUUAUCAAAUACACAGAUGAGGAGUAUGAGAAGUAUCUGACGAAUCCAAUGUGGACCAAGGAGGAGACGGAUCAACUCUUUGACUUGUGCGAGAGGUUUGAUCUUCGGUUCAUUGUGAUAGCUGACAGGUUCCCAUCAUCACGAACUGUAGAGGAAUUGAAAGACCGAUACUACAGUGUAUCUCGGACUCUGUUAAUUGCUAGGGCUCAAUCUUCCGGGGAUGUUGCAAUGCAUCCUUUAGUUAAGGAACCAUACAAUGUUUCACAAGAGGUUGAGCGGAAACGAGCACUGUCUAUGUACCUCUCUCAAACAAAGCAACAAGAGCGAAAAGAUCAAGAGGUUCUUGCUGAGGCAAAAAGAAUAACUGAAUCACGCAUGCCUGCUAAGGUUGCUGAAGAGUCUGAGGCUGCUGCUGCAUCAAAUGCUGGUGCGGAAGAGAGAGCUGUCUCCGGUGAUCCUCCAUCAAGUGUUCAGCUUCCAUCAACGGUUGUUCCAUCCACAACAGCAGAUAAUGCAGCCACUCUUGCUUCCCUUCGCAUGCUUCGUGUGUAUCUAAGAACAUAUGCACUUGAGCAAAUGGUCCAAGCUGCAAGCUCAUCUGCUGGACUACGGACCAUCAAACGGGUGGAACAAACACUACAAGAACUUGGGGUUAAUUUAAAACCAAGGGUUCCAACCAAAGCUGUUUGUGCAGAACAUCUUGAAUUAAGAAAAGAAAUACUAACUCUGCUCAAUCUUCAGAAGCAGCUGCAGUAUAAGGAGGCAGAAGGUCGUGAUGGUUCAUACACUGAAACACCUGGCACACCGAAGGAUAGGACAUUUAUUCCAGAUUCUAUGAGUUUUGGAGGUGAGAGGAUUGGUAAGAGGGACCAGAAACGCAAGGCGCCUGGGAGGAUAUCAGAAGCUCCAUCAUCACCGGCUCAGUCUAAAAGGCCUAGAAAACUGAAGGCAUCUGAUCUAUAGUCCGGUGGUGUAAUGGGAGAAUAUAGAGUUACAGAAUUCUGCUAACGAGGAUGAGGAAUGCAGGGUAAAGUAGGUGUAAGCUCAUGGCCCAGAAAUUCAGAAUUUCCAACUGAAGUACUUUGUUUCCUUUUGGGCUGUUGCCGGUCACAGUAUCUAGCGUAAGAUGGAGCACAAAUAGUGAUGGAAAUUCUGGGUUCUUCUAACUUUUAGGUACCUCGUGAGCUUAACUUUAUUUUUAUGCUGGCAAAGCUUUGUACGGUUGUUAGGUUUUUCUGACCAAAUUGUCAUUGAGAAUUUUUAUGUAAAUAAGCAUUCAGGUGAGGAUUGUUCGAACAAAUAUAGGGCCUCUAAAAAACAUGUAUUUGUGCCUCGUGAAUGGAUUCAUAUCCUAAACUUCUUCAACUAAUCGAAGGCUGAUAUUUGAAUGAAA